GCGCGCGCUCGGUGCGCUCGGCGCUCGGCGCGGGGGCCGCUCAGGCUGAGCGAGGCGAGAGCCAAGAUGGCGGACAAGGCCCCUGGCGGGUCGCAGAAACCCAGUGCGAAGGUCAGAGCACCAGAUGCAGUACACACCACUGGGUCUGCUGAUCCGCAUCCUCUAAUGGAAAGCAAACUUAAAGCAUUCAGUAUUGGCAAAAUGAGUGCUGCCAAACGGACUCUAAGUAAGAAGGAGCAAGAAGAAUUGAAAAAGAAGGAAGAUGAAAAGGCUGCUGCAGAAAUUUAUGAAGAAUUCCUUGCUGCCUUCGAAGGAGGUGAUGGUAAUAAAGUGAAAACAUUUGUAAGAGGAGGAAUCGUUAAUGCAUCUAAAGAAGAGCAUGAAACAGAUGAAAAACGGGGUAAAAUCUACAAGCCUUCAUCACGAUUUUCAGAUCAAAAAAAUCAACCGAGCCAACCAUCUAAUGAAAAGCCUCCAUCCCUGUUAAUGAUAGAAACCAAAAAGCCUACCCUCCCCAAAAACAAAAACAAACAAACAACUUUGCCUGGGCCUUUGAAGAAAGGAGAGAAGGAAAAGAAAAAGAGUAAUUUGGAACUUUUUAAAGAAGAAUUAAAGCAAAUACAGGAGGAGCGUGAUGAAAGACAUAAAACAAAAGGUAGAUUGAGUCGUUUUGAACCACCCCAGUCGGAUUCUGAUGGCCAGCGUCGUUCAAUGGAUGCUCCUUCACGAAGGAACAGAUCGUCUGGUGUGCUGGAUGAUUAUGCACCAGGGUCACAUGAUGUUGGAGAUCCAAGCACAACAAAUUUGUAUCUUGGAAACAUCAAUCCUCAAAUGAAUGAAGAGAUGUUAUGUCAAGAAUUUGGACGCUUUGGACCGUUAGCGAGUGUUAAAAUUAUGUGGCCGAGAACGGAUGAAGAAAGAGCAAGAGAAAGAAAUUGUGGCUUUGUUGCCUUUAUGAACAGGAGAGAUGCAGAAAGAGCAUUGAAGAAUUUAAAUGGCAAGAUGAUCAUGUCGUUUGAAAUGAAGCUAGGCUGGGGCAAAGCUGUACCUAUUCCACCACAUCCAAUAUACAUUCCGCCUUCUAUGAUGGAGCAUACCCUCCCACCUCCUCCGUCAGGACUGCCUUUUAAUGCCCAGCCUAGGGAGAGGUUGAAGAAUCCUAAUGCUCCAAUGUUACCACCACCAAAAAACAAGGAAGAUUUUGAGAAGACUCUGUCGCAAGCCAUAGUCAAAGUGGUUAUCCCAACAGAAAGGAAUUUGCUCGCUUUGAUACAUCGAAUGAUAGAGUUUGUGGUACGGGAAGGGCCUAUGUUCGAAGCUAUGAUCAUGAACCGAGAAAUCAACAACCCAAUGUUCAGGUUUUUGUUUGAAAAUCAGACCCCAGCCCAUGUAUACUAUAGAUGGAAGCUUUAUUCAAUUCUUCAGGCAAAUGCUCCAACCAAGUGGAGGACAGAAGAUUUCCGUAUGUUCAAAAAUGGAUCAUUUUGGAGGCCACCACCGCUGAAUCCUUAUUUGCAUGGGAUGUCAGAAGAGCAAGAGACGGAAGCAUUUGUGGAGGAACCAAACAAGAAGGGUGCACUUAAGGAAGAACAAAGGGACAAAUUAGAGGAAAUUCUGCGUGGCUUAACACCUCGGAAGAAUGAUAUUGGUGACGCCAUGGUUUUCUGUCUAAAUAAUGCGGAAGCUGCUGAAGAAAUUGUAGACUGCAUUACAGAAUCCUUGUCGAUUCUUAAGACUCCUCUUCCUAAGAAGAUUGCAAGAUUAUAUCUAGUGUCAGAUGUGUUAUACAACUCGUCAGCUAAAGUUGCCAAUGCUUCCUACUAUAGAAAAUUUUUUGAAUCAAAAUUAUGUCAGAUAUUCUCUGAUCUCAAUGCUACUUACCGUACAAUACAAGGCCAUUUACAGUCUGAAAAUUUCAAGCAAAGAGUAAUGACGUGCUUCCGAGCCUGGGAGGACUGGGCCAUCUAUCCAGAGCCGUUUCUGAUCAAACUGCAGAAUAUUUUCUUGGGCCUUGUAAAUAUUAUGGAAGAUAAAGAGACAGAGGAAGUACCAGAUGAUCUUGAUGGUGCUCCCAUUGAGGAGGAGCUUGAUGGUGCUCCACUCGAAGAUGUGGAUGGAAUUCCUAUUGAUGCUGCUCCUAUUGAUGAUCUGGAUGGAGUCCCAAUUAAAUCGCUGGAUGAUGAUCUUGAUGGAGUUCCUUUGGAUACGGCUGAAGAUACAAAAAAGAAUGAGCCUAUAUUUAAAGUUGCCCCUUCAAAGUGGGAAGCAGUGGAUGAAUCGGAACUGGAAGCUCAAGCUGUUACUACUUCUAAGUGGGAGCUUUUUGACCAACAUGAAGAAUCGGAGGAGGAGGAAAUUCAAAAUCAAGAAGAAGAAAGUGAAGAUGAAGAAGACACUCAGAGUUCUAAGUCAGAAGAGCAACACAUGUAUUCCAAUCCUAUUAAAGAAGAAAUGCCUGAAUCCAAGUCAUCAGUCAAGUAUUCAGAAAUAAAUGAAGAAAAGCGUGCCAAACUCCGAGAGAUAGAGCUUAAGGUGAUGAAGUUUCAGGAUGAGUUAGAGUCUGGGAAAAGACCCAAGAAGCCAGGCCAGAGUUUUCAGGAACAGGUUGAACACUAUAGAGACAAGCUGCUCCAGAGGGAAAAAGAAAAAGAGAUGGAAAGAGAGCGGGACAGAGACAAAAAGGACAAGGAAAAAUUAGACUCCAGGUCCAAAGAUAAGAAGGAAAAGGAAGAAUGUACGCCCACAAGAAAAGAGAGGAAAAGACGACACAGCGCUUCUCCCAGUCCAUCUCGCAGCAGUGGCAGUAGACGAGCAAAAUCUCCAUCGCCGAAAUCAGAACGCUCAGAGCGCUCUGAACGGUCUCACAAAGAGAGUUCACGUUCUCGGUCAUCACAUAAAGAUUCUCCCAGAGAUGUCAGUAAAAAAGGCAAGAGGUCACCAUCUGGCUCUAGGACACCCAAAAGAUCAAGACGAUCACGAUCCCGGUCCCCUAAAAAGUCAGGGAAAAAAUCCAGGUCUCAGUCCCGUUCUCCUCACAGAUCUCACAAGAAGUCAAAGAAAAGCAAACACUGACAAUGUUAAUAUUUUUUAUGAUGCUGUCACUUACUGGAAAUGCGGUUUUGGUUUUGUGCCUGAACAGUCUGUUAAAAAACAAACAAGCAUUCCUGAUUUAUUUUUUUUUUUUUGUGAAUGCACGUGUAUACUCAUGAGUAUCGGCAUCUGUAGGCCCGUCUUUGUUUUAUAUUGUACAAAACUAUCUUCAUUGUGACUAUUUCCCAAAUGAAACAUUUUUGUGUUUAGAAGUUUCAUCAGAAAUGUGUGUAACUGAUCUGCUGGCAGUAGUGAUAUUUUGUUUUAGAAUGUUGUGACAUAGCAGAAAUAACUCAGAUGUUCCCCCUUUUUGUAGCUUUGACAAUUUGAAUUAGAUUUCAAAUAAAACCUGAACAGAAAACGAAGCUGUUGUUUUCUUGCCCCAGCGGUGAUGCAGCUCUCUGAAGGGUUUCAUAGUUUGUUUGGAAGUACUGUGUAUUUCAGAGACACUAUGGUGCUUGGAUCUUUCAGUGUAGUGGUAGCUCUGUUCCCCUUUUCACUAGUUUCACUAUCUGGAUAAAAGCACCUUUUGAAUCCAGUGGCUGGGUUUUCAAUUCCUACUGUGAUGUUUAACUGUUAGAGCAGCUGAACAGUCCUGCCAUGAAAAGCUUUAUAAUGCUUCCUACGUCUCCAUUUUAAUUGCAGGGAGUGUUUGUGACACCAGAGUAAUGUUUUAGUUUGCUGUUAAAAAAGCCUCUGCAGAGAUGCAUUAUAUGUCUGUGUGUGUGUAUCACACAGAUAUGAUGUAUCGAUAACAGCCGUGUUUAUGGCACACCUGGGGAACAGCGAAGGACAGCAAGCCUGAGGCUGUACGACCUCUUGCCCUGAGUAGAGGUACAAUUACUGCAGCCUACAGUACACUGUUGUUUUCUAAAACUGAUUUUUACUUAAAAAAGGACAGCUCUCACAUUAUUUUAUUGAAUUUAUUCCUUGGAUAUGGAAAUCCUUCAAAAUGGAAAAAAUAAACUUUUUAUUCCAUACUUUAUUUAUUACUGGUUUGGAAUCACGAGGCUAUUAAACUUUUUUUCAUGUUAGGCUUUCCCUUCUCCAAACCUGUUCUGUGUUAGGCAUUGAUGUGGCUUCACCUUGGUCUCUUAUGCAACUUUUCUGUGGGUGGGAGCGUGGGAGGGAUGACAGAUGAGGAGGGUUCAGUGUUUAUACUUGGAGGUGUGGGCAGAUUGUAAUAAAACAUAAAAUGAAAAGGGAUCUGGCCUCCUGUGAACUGUUUGUAAAAGCAAAAGCUGUACUUGAUUACAGGCAUGGAGUGCUGGACGAUGGCCUGCUGUUAGACUUGUGUAUCAACAGGUUUUAUGUUGUUAGAAUCUUGUAAUUGUGCGAGGGAGAAUCUUCUGUUGUGCGUGUACAUAGCCUGAGAGGCAGCACUUCCAGAUGCAGCAUCUAAAAGGUCUUCUGAAAAACGUGCAUAUUUAAUUAAAAAAAUAUAUAUUCUUUUCUCCAUUUUUUUCCUGAUGGGAGACUUACGUUAUAAGAUUAUGUAAACUGCUGCAAAUAUGAGAAUUGAGCGGAGAAUUCUCUUUGCUGAUGAGAACUGGGAGGUGGCCUGGAACACUGAAAAUACGGUGAAUGCAUGUGUGCUGUAAAGAUUUCCUUAGUGUGACCAUUGAAUAGAUGCAUCGAUAAUGAGAAAAGAAUGCACCUUAUCUUUGUAUUAUGUUAUAAAGAAUCUGGUGUAGAAAUAUGCAGAGUUUAUUUUUUAUAUUUUGCUUUCUCCCUGUAACAUCAGGUGUUUCACAUGUACAGAUUUUGGUAGAUGAACUAUUAGAAACUAAGUUACUGUUCCUUAAAGGCGAUGUAUUCACAUCUGGCACAGACUAGUUAAAGUUUCCUAGAGCAAAAAGUAGGUAUGAAUAUAAGUUGGGGAAAGGGCGAAUUGUAACUUCACCUAUUGGAAGGUGAUCACCUCAGAUCCACUUAACUUCUCUCAAACUAUUACUCUUAUCUCGUAGCUGUUUAUAAAUGUCGGAGUGAUAAAUGCCAAUGUUCUGGGUAAAGUGAGGCUGAAGAGAGUUCACCACAGGAAUGUUUUACCUGCAUAAUCAAUUGCAUAUUUCAUUUAAUAGCUGAAAAUCCUCAGGGUAGAAAAUCACUUGGCGUUAUAGGUUAGCCAUACUUUUCAAUAAUUCAUUUUGAUUUCAGCUUUUAUAGAGUUCUCAUCAGUGAUUCUAGAAGGCUUGAGCCAAGUAGCUGGAGAGCUAAAGGCGCACCCAUUAGACUUCAUUUUGUAGCAGUUUUAUUAUGCAAUAACUUUUUUCAGUCUCUUUGUUCUCAAAAUACCAUUCUUGUACCUCUUGUUCUUUGCUUCAUAUCCUGGGCUUUAGAAAAGCUGUUUUGUACCCAAUAGUCUUUUAAGAGCAAUUAAGAACCUGUGUCCUUAACUGAAUGCUUGUUUUUUUCUCCCGUUGAAAAGAACAUCUUUUGAUCCUACUUACUCUUUCAGGUUUUUUUUUUUCCCUCUACUUUUAUAAAUAGCUUUGUUUGUAGCUUGCCUUUUCCACAAAGGACAGUGGCAGGGAGACAGCAUCUGCUAACAAAUCUUUUGUAAGAGAUGCAGUUUAAUAUUGAAGACUAAAGAUUAGGCUGCCUGUGAAAUUGAUUUUUCCUUAGGUCCUGUUGCAGUGACAAGGUAUUGUUGGAGUGGGCUGUUACUUCCUGCCUUGUGUUUCUGCAAGCUUUGGGGAUGAAAAAUCGUCCAGUUGGUAUUGGAUAUUGGUAAUUUUAAUAUUGAUCCUGGGAUUUGGGGAGUAGCAUUCGAAGGAAUCUUUGUGGAAAAAACUGUGACCCGAGGAGGUGUGGUCCGGUGUUUCCAAAUGGCUUUUGUGAUCUUAGAGGAACUUGCACUCUAGCACUGCGCGGCUGGUGAGCAUCCCACGCUUGCUUUGCUGCGGGAGGGGGAGGAGGCACAAGCGGGUAAGCAGCUUCUCUGUCCUCUCCUGCCCUGCCUUAUGGAUGAUAUCAAGGUAAAUAGUCAUGCUUGAGGUUUAUUCACAGUAGAGUGUGUAGCUUGCUAGAGCUGAGUAACCCCCCCCCCUCCCCCUAACCUGGAAUGGCAGCUGGUGAGGCCCAUCGCAGCGUGGGGUCAUGUUAGAAAUGGAACGUGCACAGAAUAUUCCCAGAUAGGCACUAGAGACUGUUGUGAUGAUCCAUGGUGGUGCAGCGCUCCGUAGGAUGUUGAGAUGUGUAAGCAAAGGCUGCCGAGCUACAGAGUUGCAGGCUCACAGCUGUUCUGAACCAGAGCUGACCUCUGAGUGUGUCUGUAAGGCUUGGUCAGACUCUCACGCUCUGAGCGCAUGGGCCCUGUCUCAGUGGAGUAAAACUACUUGGUUGCACAGUAUCCUUCUGAUGAUUAAAAUCUUUCCUUGCCAGUGUUACAGAAGUGUUUAUCUUUGAACUGAUUUUUUUUUAAACUCUGUGACUUCCUUUGAGUUCUCCACACGCCAGCUGCGUGUUGCUUUUGUGAUACUAUUUGAAGAAGAGUUGGUUUCUGAAAGGCAAAGUUGGGUUAUUAUUUGGGCACUGUGCAUGUGCUCUCCCCCUGCCUCCGCUUUGGAGGUUUUAAAAGUGUAAGAAUAAACCACUUAUGAACAAGGGUAACAAAAUGCUGUUUUCCAAAGCAUAUAUUUAGAAUUGCAACUAUUGCUAACACGAGUUCAUCUGUCCCUGUGACACCGAAUGUACUCUGGCUUUCUGCAUUUACAAAUCCUCUUCUGUACUAAUAGAGCAGCUCUGCCUAAGCACAUGUGAACCCUUUGAAGUUGCUGGAUUAUUGUAUUCAUUGUGGUUUUCUGCAUGUAAAAUGACUCCUGUGCUUUUUCAAUGAUGAUUAUCCCCGCUGUUGGGAUAGUUUUCACAUUUGUACUGGUUUUAUUUAAUAAAUUUCUGAGGCAGAUUUUA